AUGGAUAACCGCAGGGUGCUAAAAGCGUACCAGGAUCGUGGCCGCGAGAAGGUCUUGCCUUACCCUUCUAAAGCAGGCUUGCUCCUGAAAAUGAAACGUUACAUUUCGGGCUCCUCCCUAUGGCAGGAGACUCUGAGAAACCCUUCUGCUUCCUCGUCCAGGGUUUCUUCCAGAACGGCAUCAAGAAAGCCCUCGGUGUCACAGCCCAAUGCUCAUUCAUCACGUCUUUUGAGUGAAUCCUUUGCUGCUGCCUCCACAACAAACCAGUCCAUGGACCAGAAUCCAGAUCAGACUGCCAACGAUGUAUUGUCCUCCUUCUUCAAAGAAAAGGGCGACAGACCCUUGUCUCAGAUUGAGUAUGAGGGUGUCAUGUCUCUUUUAGAGAAAUCCAGAGCCAACACUACAUUGCCAUUGAAUGACGAGCAGCACACAUUGCUCAAAUCACCCACUAGAGAGCCUUCCUUCUCCCAGCAUAACAACACUACCUUUUCCAAUCAGCGAGUGUUGAAGAACACAAGCAUAUAUGAAGGAGCAAAUGCCACCUUUGCCGCUCCUGACUAUAGACCUCUGUAUCAGAAUUUUGGUGACAACUCUAGAGUCGCCCCAGUGAAGCGUGUGUACCAAUUUUCUGGAUUGCCCUCGCCGUACAAAACGAGAAUACGGGCGCCAGGUCAGCGGAAAGCGAGAAGAAUUGCAACUGAAGCUGAUAUUACGCCCUCUGCUGGCGCUAUCCCAGAGGCCGAAACGCCGAAGCGCAUCAGCAGCACUGCUAGCUCGCUUUUAUCUGUCUUGGACAAUCAAAAGAAGGAAGGGAAUGAUGUUGCUGUUAGCACAAACGACAAGCCUCUUCACAACCCAUAUGCCAAGAACAGAAGAAGAACAGCCAAAACCAGCACUACCAAGCCUUACAGUACGGCGGAUGAUAUCAGCAAGACAGUCGCAUUUAACAAGGCCAAAGACUUGGCUGAAUCUCCGGAGAAAGCAAAUGACUCGUUGUUUUCACCUGAGAAAACCGAAAAGGCCCCAGAAAUUACUGAGCCUGCCUCCAACGGUAAGUCAUCCAAUCCCUUGUUCACCUUCAAACCUUCAGAAACGAAACCCGCUGAAAAGAAACCUGCAUUUUCAUUCAACCUUAAGGACUCAGAAACCAAGGAUGAUGAAACCCCCAAAGAGAAGGCCAAGCCCGACGCCAAUGGCUUCCUCUUUGACUCCCAAAAGCCUGCAUUUUCCUUCACUAAUAAAGCCGACAGUACGUCUGGCUCAGAUAGCAAAGGCCAAACAUCUCUAUUUGGCGCUUCUUCAGCCUUCAAGCCUCGUGAAACAGAGAGCAAGGGUCUGACAUUUGCUUUCCCAGAAACUACGCCUGAACCAAACGGCGAGUCCAAAGCAGAGACUCAAAAGCCUCUAGAAAGUCAGACACCAUCAUUUGCUACACAAAAGAAAGAGGAUGGACUCUUUGGCAAGUCUUCCACAGAGGAGAAGCCUGGUUCCUCUCUUUUUAAGGAGGUGAAGCCAGCUUUUUCUUUCGGAGCCAAGCCUGACGAAGCUAAAAAAGAUGGUUCUCUUUUCAGCACUGAGAAGAAGGUCGACGAAGGGAAUGGGCCCAAGGGUUUCGGUUUUGGAGCAAUUGCACCCUCCAGCAAAACGGAGAAAUCUGCUCCAAAGCCUGUAUUUAACUUUGGCGCCAAAGAAGUGGAAGAAGAAGCUAAAGAAAAGGACGCUGCAGAGGACGUUGAGUCGAGCAAGGUAGAAAAGCCCGCAUUUUCGUUCGGUGGAUCCUCCAAUUCUAUCGCAGCCUUCGGCACUAACAACACCAAGACUGGCGAAUCAAGCUCUCUUUUUGGUAAGAAGGAUGACAAGAGUGACAUGCCCGUUUUCUCGUUCUUGAGUAAAAACGACUCCAAGGAGGAGGACAAGGACAAAGCCCCUUCAAAACCAGCCUUUUCAUUCGGGAGCAAGACGGCAGACAAUGAUCUGGCAAAACCCUCAACAACCUUCGGUAACUCUGAAGCUUCAAGCUCAAAGCCAUUGUUCAGCAGCGGGUCUUCUGACGCCAAGCUGUUGUUUGGUUCUCUGAGUAAACCUCCAGCGUUCAAUUUUGGUUCCUCCGAGAAGAAGGAUGCCCCUGCCUUCAGUUUUGGAAGCAAAGAAGACAAAAAGGACGAGGCCAAUGAAGACAAGGAAGAGAAGAAAGAGAAGCCAAGCUUCAGCUUCGGGGGCGCAGGUAGCGAGAAGAAGGCUGCUCCUGCUUUCAACUUCGGUGGAGACAAGAAGGAAGCACCAGCUUUCAGCUUUGGUAGCACGGAGAAGAAGGAGCCAGCCCAAGAGUCGGACAAGCUGACUGAAAAACCAGCCUUCAGUUUUGGAAGCUCUGAAUCGAAGGACAAACCAGCAUUCAAUUUUGGCAGCUCGUCAAAGCUAGACGAAAAGCCCGCUUUCAGCUUUGGUGGCUCUAAGAAAGCUGACGACAAGCCUGCGUUCAGUUUUGGUAGCUCUGAAACCAAAGACAAGCCUGCUUUCAGCUUCGGUAGCUCUGGUAAAACCGAUGAGAAACCGGCUUUCAGUUUCGGCAGCUCUGGCAAAACCGAUGAUAAGCCCGCCUUCAAUUUCGGCAGCAAGGCUAACGACAAGCCUGCUUUCAGCUUUGGAAGCUCCGCCAAGACUGACGACAAGGCCUCUUCUGAGAAGAACGACAAGCCAGCUUUCAGUUUUGGCUCUACAAGCGAGUCCAAAGACAAGCCAGCUUUCAACUUUGGAUCUAGCACCGAGAGCAAGCCCGCCUUCAACUUCGGCUCGUCCGCCUCAAGCGACAAGCCAAGCUUCAAUUUCGGAUCAUCUACGGACAAGCCAGCCUUCAGUUUCGGCAGCUCUAAUGUCAGCAAAAACGGCGGCGAGUCAUCUGGAAUUCCAGAAUUCAAAUUCCCCGAGGUGGAAUCCGGAAAUGUCACCGAAGAGGACAGAAGCCAAGCCGAGGAGUACAGCGAGCUCUUCAAGUUCUAA